AUGGAGUACAAUCAUUUAGAUUGGAAAAGUUACUUAGUUGGACAGUCUUACGAUGGGGCAGCCAGCAUGCAAGGUAAAUACAAUGGCCUACAAACAAAAAUCAAAGAGGUAAAUCCUCAAGCAAUAUUCGUUUGGUGUGAUGCCCAUAGACUUGAUUUGAUAAUAACUUCUGCAGUUGGUUCAUGUGCUAAAGCUGUCGAUUUAUUCGGAAAUAUGGAAAAACUAUUUACUUUUAUCAGUUGUAGUAAGAAACGAAUUUCUAUGUAUCGUGAAAAACAAAAAAAACUAUAUCCAAAUGCACGUAUAAGGGCAUUAAAAAAAGUUGAAACCACUAGAUGGAUGUCUCAAGCUUAUGCUCUAACAACUGUGCUUGAAACACUGGAUUCCAUUUUAGAAACUCUAGAAGAUAUAAAAAGUUUAGAAGGACAAGUUGACUUUAAAACAGGUGCAGAAUGUACAGGGCUACUUUGUUUUUUGCAGUCUUUUAAUUUUUUAUUGACAGCACAUAUUUUUAAAACAGUGUUUGACUUUAUUGAACCUGUUAGUAGAGCUUUACAAGCUCAUAAUAUUGAUAUACUUAUGGCUAUUGAACUAAUAAAGAAAACAGAAAACAAUAUUAAAGGUUUAAGAUCUAGUGAUGUGUUUUUCAAUAUUUAUGAAUCAGUCAAAAAAAUUGCCAAAGAUAAUAAUUUUGAAUUUGAACUGACCUUACUAACAAGAAGAGUCAGACGAGUUCCACGUCAGUCAGGUGAAUUAUCUAAUGAUGAACAAAUAAACGAUCCUGUGAUGGCUUAUAAAAUAAACACAUAUUUUAUAAUUAUUGAUAAAGUGUUAUCAGAACUUAAUAAACGGUUUAAUAAUAACUCUAUUAUGAUAGCAAAGGAUCUAUCUUUAUAA